GCUCCGGAGAGGGAGGGCGAGCGCCGGCCGCCGCCGCCGCCAGGCCCCUUCCACGCUCGGGAAAGCGAGGAGCCAGAGGUGCGCGUGCGCGCUCGGAAACCGGACGUGGAUUGGCCCCGAGGCUGGCGGCGCCGGAAACACCGACUCGCUGUCCCUGCGCUUGGGGAGACGUGUAGAGGCCGGGUUCGGCCUUUCUUGAACUCUCACCCCAGCGCGUGGGUUUCUCUUUCCGGGACAAGAUGGCGCCGUCCACGCCGCUGUUGACAGUCAGAGGGUCAGAAGGACUGUACAUGGUGAAUGGACCACCACACUUCACAGAGAGCACAGUGCUUCCAAGAGAAUCUGGAAGAAAUUGCAAAGUGUACACUUUUAGUAAGGAUGGGACAUUGUUUGCCUGGAGCAAUGGAGAAAAAGUAAAUGUAAUCAAUGUUGCUAACAAGGGACUACUGCACUCCUUCGACCUCCCAAAAGCAGUUUGCCUUGAAUUCUCACCCAAUAACACUGUCCUGGCAACGUGGCAGCCUUACACUACUUCUAAAGAUGGCACUGCUGGAACACCUAACCUACAACUUUAUGACAUGAAAACUGGAGCAUGUUUGAAAUCGUUCAUACAGAAAAAAAUGCAAAAUUGGUGUCCUUCCUGGUCAGAUGAUGAAAUUAUUUGUGCCCGGAAUGUUAACAACGAAGUUCACUUCUUUGAGAACAACAAUUUUAACACAAUUGCAAAUAAAUUACAUUUGCAAAAAGUUAAUGACUUUAAUUUAUCACCUGGAACCCAACCUUAUAAGGUGGCAGUUUAUGUCCCAGGAAGUAAAGGUGCACCUUCAUUUGUUAGAUUAUAUCAGUAUCCCAACUUUGCUGGACCUCAGGCAGCACUGGCCAAUAAAAGCUUCUUUAAAGCUGAUAAGGUUACAAUGCUGUGGAAUAAAAAAGCUACUGCUGUGCUGGUAAUAGCCAGUACCGAGGUUGACAAAACAGGAGCUUCCUACUAUGGAGAACAAACACUGCACUACAUUGCGACAAAUGGAGAAAGUGCUGUGGUACAAUUACCAAAAAAUGGCCCCAUUUAUGAUGUAGUUUGGAAUUCCAGUUCUACUGAGUUUUGUGCUGUUUAUGGUUUUAUGCCUGCGAAAGCAACAGUUUUCAACCUGAAGUGUGAUCCUGUGUUUGACUUUGGGACUGGUCCUCGCAAUGCGGCCUUCUAUAGCCCUCAUGGACAUAUAUUAGUGCUGGCUGGAUUUGGAAAUCUUCGAGGACAAAUGGAAGUAUGGGAUGUUAAAAACUACAAGCUUAUUUCUAAGCCAGUGGCUUCUGAUUCUACGUAUUUUGCCUGGUGCCCAGAUGGUGAGCAUAUCUUAACAGCCACAUGUGCUCCUAGGUUACGUGUUAAUAAUGGGUAUAAGAUCUGGCAUUAUACUGGCUCUCUUUUGCAUAAGUACGAUGUGCCAUCAAAUGGAGAAUUAUGGCAGGUUACCUGGCAGCCAUUUUUGGAUGGAAUAUUUCCAGCAAAAACGAUAAAGUACCAAGCAGUUCCAAGUGAAGUGGCUAGUGAGGAGCCUAAAGUUGCAACAGCUUAUAGACCUCCAGCCUUAAGAAAUAAGCCAGUCACCAAUUCCAAGCUGCAUGAAGAGGAACCUCCCCAGAAUAUGAAGCCACAUCCAGGAAGUGACAAGCCAUUAUCAAAAACAGCCCUUAAAAAUCAAAGGAAGCAUGAAGCUAAAAAAGCUGCAAAACAGGAAGCAAGAAGUGAUGUGGCUCCUCCUCCUGUCCCACAGAGUGCCCCACGGAACACUGUCACCCAGUCUGCUUCGGGUGACCCUGAAGUAGACAAAAAAAUUAAGAAUCUAAAGAAGAAACUGAAAGCCAUAGAGCAACUGAAAGAGCAAGCAGCUGCCGGGAAACAGCUAGAAAAAAAUCAGUUGGAGAAAAUUCAAAAAGAGAAAGCCCUUCUCCAAGAGCUUGAAGACUUGGAAUUGGGAGUUUGAAGACUCACAGAAAGUGAAUUUGUUGGCAGGAAACUAUAAGCAAGUCUGUUAAGCCCAUGGUGUUCAUGGAAUUGCCAUAUGCCCACUGUUAGCAUCAGUCUAUAUUUUUAACCAUUUAUCCAAGAUUGAAUAUGUGUAAGUAUUUAAUGAUGUCUAUUCAAUUAACUUUACAUCUGCAUUCUGUAUCAUGUCAGUAUGUAAUAAAGAGAGAUGAUUUUUUUCCAGAUAAGCUUAAUAAAUUGACAGACAUUUGUUUUUUUUUAAUGGAUAAUAGUAUUUCCUAUUAAAACAAAUAAAGACAUUUUAAAUUUG